UACCAUUCUUUUGGGUUGUUUACACGGCCAAAUGAUGCAAGUACAACUUCCUUCUGUUCCAAAAAUGUCAGCUGCAAGUUCCUUUUUACUCAUACUAGAACCUCAGUACAAAAAUUUCACCUCUUACAAAUCACAAAUCAGGAGAGACAUCAAAAUGAGAAAAAUCCAAGCAAAGAAAGAUAAAAAGUUGGAGAGAAAACGCAAGGAAAUGGAACAGAUAAAGAAAGAUAAUCCUGGGUUGGAAAUGGACGAAGAAACGUUCCUAGCUGAUUCUGAAUCUGAGGAAGAGUUGGAGCCACUGUAUUUUCCAGAAACACCAAAUAAAAUAUUAUGGAUGAAGUACACUGAGAACAAUACAAUUUGGCUAUCGAUGGCGGGAUACGAUGCGGGUUACAUCUAUGAAUACAUGAUUGACCAAAAGGAAGAUGUUCCUUACAGAUUCAAAAUGGUCUACGAUGGUGAUGAUAUUGAAAUCAGCAGUUACAUUUACGAUUACAACAAGGAAUAUAUUAUAUUUGGAAUGCAAGAUGGAUCCAUUCGUGUAAACAAAGUAAACAAAACAGACUACACUGAUUUAUCAGACUACUGGACGCUCGCUAUGCACGACAAUCAGCACGGAUUUGUGCCCAAGAUGUGCUUUAGUUACGACAGCAAAUAUUUUUUCAGUUGUGGCCACGACGGCAACAUUUUUUCGUAUAGGUUUCAGCCUCCUCCAAGAUAUCGAUAUCCUGAAGUCUUGGAACCAGAGAGUCGUUACAUAUUCCACAUGACUGUGAGCGAUUUGGAUAAUUAUGCAAAAUAUAGUCUUGAGGAAACAAUGACCAAAGAAGAACGUGACCGAAUCCAGAAAGUUGCUAACGAACAUAAGGCCAACGUCCGAAAAGUCCUGAAAUCUUUGAAGGAACGCUAUUUGAAAGUACUGGACAAAAACAGGAAACUGUUACCUAGCCAAAUCAUCCCAAAAGAACAACUGGAACUGGACAAACGAGUGACCAAGUAUGUAGACGAUGAAUUUCAAAGUCAACUGGAUUUAGUGAAAAGAAAGCUUGCCUACAACCAGGCAAAAUCAGAACUACAGAUGCUGAAACUACGUAAAUAUUUGACCGAUCCAGUUGAUAAACAUCCCAUAGUCGUCAAAGGAAUCAACAAUCCGAACAUCGAAUUGAUGACAGUGCGACAGAGGGUGAUGGGUUCUCUAUUUCCUUCAAUGAUGACCGUAGUCCACGAGAAGCUGAUUGAGGAAGUAUCGAAAGGCAG